AUAUCCCUUUUCAACCCCCUCCCUGUCGUCUGCCUUCCGUUCUAGACCCCUCCUUCUCCCCUCCCCAAACCAGACCAAGCAAGAGCAACCAUGGCCCCGAUUGGCGUGGGCAGCACCCUCCCCGACGGCCAGCUCGCGUGGUUCGACGAGAACGACCAGAUGCAGCAGGUCUCCAUCCACUCGUUGGCCGCCGGCAAGAAGGUCAUCCUCUUCGGCGUCCCCGGUGCCUUCACCCCCACCUGCAGCAAUCAGCAUGUACCAGGCUUCAUUACUCAGGCCGAGGAGCUCAAAGCCAAGGGUGUAGAUGAGAUCCUGCUUGUCAGCGUUAAUGACCCCUUUGUCAUGAAAGCAUGGGCGAAGACAUACCCAGAUAACAAGCAUGUGAAGUUCCUUGCUGAUGGAGCGGCUGCAUACACAAAAGCACUUGGUCUUGAGCUUGAUCUUACAGAGAAAGGAUUGGGUCUUCGUUCGAGGCGGUUUGCUCUCCUUGCUGACGACCUCAAGGUCACCGUCGCAAACGUCGAGGAAGGUGGCCAGUUCACAAUCUCUGGUGCCGAGGAGAUCCUCAAGGCACUGUAGGGGCUUCAGCGCUUCGGAAUCGCAGCGAUCACCCAAACCUUGUGUCAUGUCGAUGUAGUUUGAACUUGUCUGCCAAACUGCUAGUGGGAAUAAAUUGUCGAUGUGCAUUUCUUCAUGUACUUUAUGUGCGGUGCAAGUGACUUAAGAGUUUUCCAGUCAUUGUUGGUUGCGUUGCAAACAUUCUGAGAUUGUUGAAGGAAAAUGGUGUGGGUGGUAUUUGUGUGAAUCGUCAUUACCUUGUGAAAUCAACAGGCAAGUGUUUUUUUCA